AUGAAAAAGCGGCAAACACCACACCCUACAGGUAUAAGUUCUUAUUUCUUUCAACAGUUGGUUCAACCCACAGACACGCAUACAGAUACUUCCACAACGACGGAAGAUAAUAAUAAGAAGAAAAAUAAGAUUGACAAGGAAAUUGAGAAUGUGCUUAGUCAAGAUGAACUGAAUCGGAGAACUGCAGUUAUUUUAAAAGACGCCUUUACAUCAGUAGAGGCAAAGAAGUUACUGCACCGUUCCGCAGAAGAAGAACACCAUCGUUCAGACACCCUUGAGGAGUUUUUAAAGGUCUCAUGGGAACGAGUGGAGGAAAUCAUUGAACGUAAUAAAGCCCGACGGCAGAUAUUUGAAAAUGAACUUCCUCACGCACUCACUCCAAUGAAUACAUACAUCUAUUGGACUCCAGACACAGUAGCCACGCGGUAUAAGUUUCCAGGUCCAAACGAGUUUGGAUUCCGCUCACGUGUACCUGCCAAUAUCACUUAUACAGAUACGAAUGAUAUGGAAAAGAAGGAAACCACUCCAACACCUCCUUUGGGUGAUGAGGAUAGUCAUACCAACCCAGCACAAAUGGAUUCAACACAAACUUUUCCUUCCAUACCAAUCCAAAAUAAUAUUACUACUACUAAUAAUAAUGCUAGUAGUAAUAAUAGUAAUAAUACGAAUACAAAUACUAUUGCUGAUACGACUAGUGUUACUAGCGGUGCCGCUACUGCACCUGGAAAACACCGUGCAAAGGCGUGGACCAUGACGAAUAGAGAUCUUCUCGACCCGUCCAAAUCUCCACAUUGUCUUCGACGGUUAUUUGCUCCUAUUUUAAGGCAAAGAGAACAACUUCCCAAAUCUCUUACACUCUUGCUUAACGCCGUGCAACGUCUCCAAACAGAGCGUUUUCCUGAAAUUGAGGCGAUUAUUGAAAAGGGAUUUUUUGAUAUGCCGGUACAUCGUUCAUUUCGAUCUAUUUCUUCUUUUGUUUCACGCUACCUUACAGAGGCUGCGAAAGGUGAAACGGAAGAGCGGGAGUUCAGUAAAGAAUAUAAAGCUGAAGCCAAAAAAUUAACAGACGCGUAUGAAAAAUUACGUCAACUAGAGGCUAAGAAAACUACAUCAUCUUCACGCGAUAGUGCAGCAGAAGUUGUAUACAGCACUCUAUUAACAGAGUUACGCGAACGAAAAGAACUUCAUGAACGAUGUAAUGAAGAAAUGAAGAGUAUUACAGAAGCUGCUUCUGCGGAAUUAAAAGAACUAGAUAGGGUUUUACAAGAAUGUGAUAAUGAUUCCCGAAAAACACUUAGCGAUCUUGAAGAAAAUGCCAAAAAAUAUAUGUCAGGUUUAAAUGAGGCAUGUGAGCAUAUAAAGGCCUCAAAGGAAGAAAUUCAUCAUAUUUACCAGCGUGAACAUAAACUAUUACAGGAUUCUAUAGACUCUAAACUUUACCGUGCCAAAAAGAGUGAAGAACAACAAGAGAAAAUUGCCCGUCGUAUUCGGGAACUUGCAAAGGAAUGGUAUUCGGAACAGGUAAAAUAUGAAAACCUUGUUCAGGAAAUUAUUGAGGAACGUGUUUCCCUUCGUCAGUUAGACCUUAGUCAUAAUCAACUCGUCACAGAGUUAGAGGCACGAGUCUCUUCAGCGGGAUUUGAGAUGUUAGACUGGGUCUCUGACGCCCUUCGGCAAUCUGAAGAGUGUCGAGCUCGACUCAUCACAGAAUGUCGACAACACAUUGGACGACUAAAAACAGAAGAUCAUUAUAGACGUUGUCGAGUGGCUGGAUAUAUGUCUGAGAAUGCGUUAUAUUGGUCACGCUGUUUGCAAGAUCUUGCUGUCUUGUGUGAAAGUCACUAUGAUCUUCUCUCGGAGAAGUGUAAUGCCUCUUUACAGAUGCGUUAUCUCCUCGCCUAUGAGAAGGAUCAAGUGGUAAAAGAUCUGCAGUAUAUCCAGCAAGAAAUACGUAACUUGGAUACCAAAUGGGCUGCCCUUGUUCCACUUCUAGAGGAGUUGGAGAUGCCAGUGCCACCAUUAGCACAAUAUGAACAAGACCCGAAUUGCCUUGAAUUACGUCGUCUUCUCUGCGAACUCGACAGCCACCGGCUUAUUCGAGGUGUGAAUGUUCGGAUUGCUCCGGUGAGUGAGGAGGCACCGGCAUCUACACCGGCUGACACCAUUCAACCUGCUGCUUCGGAUUCCAACGAAUAA